GUGUCGGGUGCCUGGUAUAUGAAGUUGGCAAUCACCAGUACAUACUACUUACUCCUGUAGCUAGCUGGUUGUGUAGCAUCCGGUGUACAUAUCCAUAUAUAUGUCUAUGGAUAAACCAUCGUCGGCUGUGCUGCUACGGGGAGGCACGCAGCGGCCGACGCCCGAAGCCCCCCGUCGCAGCAGCCUCCAAUCCAACGUCGAGCAGUUCAAGCUGCUCCAGGCGAUGGGGGCCCGCCCCGUAGUGCAGAAGCACGUGUCGCUCACGACGCGUGCGUCCGCCCUGUCCCACGACUCCCUCGCGCACGCGCGGCGGCUGCUGGUGCCGCUGCCGACACCAUCGGGCACCCCCUUUGCGCACCCACCCCUCGUCCGCCCCGCAUCCACCUCCGCCGCCGCGAGCUUGCUCCACCAUCACACAAACAACUUCCCGUCGACGUCGUUGCUUCUCGAUCGCAACUCGACCAUCUGCAACGCCGUGAUUGUCCUAUGGAACAACAAGCGGAAGCUCCAAGCCCUGCGACAGUGGAGGGACGUGACGACCGCCGAAAACGUCCGCCUCCGCGACGACUUUGUCCAGCGCGUGCGCACAGCCACCAAGGACCUGCUUCUGGCCAAAGAAAAAGCAAUGCAUGACGAAUUUGCGAUGGUGUUUACGCCGGCUCAAGUGGACACGCUGGUGACGUGGGCGCUGCAGAUUCAAACCAAGUCGUUCGUGGGGGUGAAGCCAAGUGUGGUGGAGGACCUCGUGCAGCACAUGGCGCUGCGGACGUACGCGGACAAGACGUGCUUGUUCAUGGAAGGGGACGUGGGGCAGUUCUACUACAUCCUCUUCACGGGCGCCGUUGGCAUCUACGUCGGGAUAUCGCCAGAGUCCAAAGCGAUUGCGCAAACCAACCACGGCCACGCCAUGCGAUGCAUCCGCAGCGACCCCUCCUUUCUCGGGCAAUUUUUGUACUUUAUCCCAGAAGGCGACGGGUUUGGCGAGGUGGCUAUGUUUUCAUCGGACGCGCGACGAACUGCCUCUGCCGUUGCGUGUGGGCCUUGUGAAUUGAUUGAAAUCCCCAAACAAGUGUACCAGCGAACGCUGCGGGCAUACCAUUACGCAACUUAUUCGAAAGCGCAAAAAAUUGCAUUUUUGCCCUGCGUCGACAUCUUUGCUGAGUGGCUGCAAGCUAAAAUCGCCGCGUUUUCCGACCUGCUGGAGCGCCACGAGUUGAGUUUUGGCUACCGCGUGCUGAGUGUGGACCGGCCGAUCGAAUCUGUCUACUUUGUCGUGUCGGGGGACAUUCAAGUGACCCAGCGGUGGCUCGAGCCUGUACCCGACCAGCCCGUGUACCCCCAGUUCAAGCCCUCGGCGACGAAGUCCAUUGACAUCCAAGUCGAGCGCGUGAUCCGGAGGGGGGUGCUGGGGCUUCCGCUGCUCCUGUCGGACGGCGUCAAAGCCAAAGUGGACGCCACCGUCGUCACCGCGUCCGCCGAAGUGUACGUUCUCAAGGCCGCCCACUUGACUGCGUUCCGGUCCCUUCUGCCCACCAGUGGAGCUGCCCAGAUUGCCAAAAAGUGGCAAUUGCAACAAGAACAGCGCCAUGCUGCGUUUAAACGAGCCGUGGCCGCCCUCAACUUGACGGAGCCUUCUGAUAGUUUCGCUAUGCCGACGGUAAACCAUCCCUCGGGCUUGGGCGUACAAGCCCUGCCCGUUCUGCCCAUCAUGGUGUCAACUUGCGCCAAGAAGUUCCUCGUUGAAGACUGGGACCUUCUCGUCGAUCGAAGCGACAAACCCGUUCCAACAGUGUUCAUACCGUCCGCCCCCCUUCAGCCCAAGCCCGUCAACGCCAGUGAAAGCCGUAAAAUUGCCUGUCAAAUUUUUACGGAUAUGGCGUCCAAUACCAAAGUGUUUCAGUGGAACCCACAAGGGGGCUUCCAAGGCAGCAGCCGCGCCAUCGACACGGACGUGUACAUGACCAAGGAUACUGUGCGUCGAACAAAAGCAGAAGUCGUGCGUAGUCCAACAUAUCCAUCCCGACAUGUCCCACCCACCACGACCGAGUCAACGGCCACCAUUGACCAACUCUUCCAGCACAAUAUUUAUCGAUCCCGACAACUCGCUCGCGCAGUCGUCAGGGAACACCAUUCGUUGGCCAAAAGUCGUGCGGUCGUCGUGCCACGUCAGACGUCGUACAAACACGCGUUUUAAGCCAACAUGGACAUUUGAAAUAUGUGCAUGUAACAAUCAGACAUUUGAAACGUGUGCAUUCAAC